UUGCGCGGUCGGCCUCGGCUCCCCGCCCCCGCCCUCGGAAUUUCUGGGCCCCGAGCGCCCCCCUCCCUCAAUCCCCAUUGACCGGGCGGUUCCACCGGGAGGAUGGCGUUGCCCCGGGCGACGCGCGGUCCGGGCACCUUCUCCCCCCCCCCCCCCCCCCGCGGAGACGCGGUGCGCACGCGCGGCACGGCCGGGGCAGUGGCUCUGGAGCCGGUCGCCGGGAUCUGGACGGGCUCUUUCUUCACCUGACGCCUUAGCCCCCUCCGGGCCUGCGGGAUGGCCAGACGGUGAAAAAGCAGUCUGGCUCCUGAGGUCCACCCCUUAUGCCCCAAGGUCCAGAUGGCGGCCAACGUGGGUGAUCAACGUAGCACGGAUUGGUCCUCUCAGUACAGCAUGGUGGCCGGGGCAGGCAGAGAGAAUGGCAUGGAGACCCCUAUGCAUGAGAACCCGGAGUGGGAGAAGGCCCGCCAGGCUCUGGCCAGCAUCAGCAAAGCAGGAGCUGCCGGCAGCUCCACCAAGGCCAGCAGCAACGGGCCCGUGGCCAGCGCACAAUACGUGUCACAGGCAGAAGCCUCGGCUCUGCAGCAGCAGCAGUACUACCAGUGGUACCAGCAGUAUAACUACGCCUACCCUUACAGCUACUACUACCCCAUGAGCAUGUACCAGAGCUACGGCUCCCCCUCCCAGUACGGCGUGGCCAGCUCCUAUGGCUCCGCCACCCCCCAGCAGCCAUCGGCACCCCAGCACCAGGGGACUCUGAACCAGCCCCCAGUCCCCGGCAUGGAAGAAAGCAUGUCCUACCAGGCACCCCCUCAGCAGCUGCCGGCAGCCCAGCCCCCUCAGCCCUCCAACACCCCGCACGGGGCUCAUACUCUGAACAGCGGCCCCCAGCCUGGAACAGCCCCUGCCACACAGCACAGCCAGGCAGGGCCCGCCUCCGGCCAGGCCUAUGGGCCACACACCUACUCUGAGCCUGCCAAGCCCAAGAAGGGCCAACAGCUGUGGAACCGGAUGAAGCCAGCCCCUGGGACUGGCGGUCUCAAGUUCAACAUUCAGAAACGGCCCUUUGCCGUCACCAGCCAGAGCUUCAGCUCCACCUCAGAGGGUCAGCACGGCAGCUUCGGCCCCCAGCCGAACCCGGAAAAAGCGCAGAACCACCGGGGGAGCCUGUCCGGGAAGCCCGACGAUUGGCCGCAGGACAUGAAGGAGUAUGUGGAGCGCUGCUUCACUGCCUGCGAGUCGGAGGAGGACAAGGACCGGACCGAGAAGCUGCUCAAGGAGCUGCUGCAGGCCCGGCUGCAGGACGGCUCCGCCUACACCAUCGACUGGAGCCGGGAGCCCCUGCCGGGGCUGACCCGGGAGCCUGUGGCUGAGAGUCCCAAGAAGAAGCGGUGGGAGGCCCCUAGCAGCCUACAUCCUCCCAGGGGGGCAGGCUCAGCGACAAGGGGCGGGGGUGCCCAGUCCCAGCGAGGGACACCGGGGGCUGGGGGUGCUGGCCGAGCCCGGGGCAGCAGCUUCGCCAAGUUUGGCAACCGCAAUGUCUUCAUGAAGGACAACAGCUCCUCCUCCAGCACGGACUCGCGCUCCCGUUCCUCCUCCCGGUCCCCCACCCGCCACUUCCGCAGAAGUGACUCCCACUCGGAUUCAGACAGUUCUUACUCAGGGAACGAGUGUCACCCUGUGGGUCGCCGGAACCCACCCCCUAAGGGCCGAGGAGGUCGGGGGGCCCACAUGGAUCGAGGCCGAGGCAGGGCGCAGCGUGGGAAGAGGCAUGACCUGGCUCCCACCAAGCGCAGCCGGAAAAAGAUGGCUGCGCUGGAGUGCGAGGACCCUGAGCGUGAGCUGAAGAAGCAGAAGCGGGCUGCCCGCUUCCAGCACGGACACUCCCGCCGCCUGCGCCUCGAGCCCCUGGUGCUGCACAUGGGCAGCCUGGAGAGCAGCGGCGCGGACCCUGACUGGCAGGAGCUACAGAUCGUGGGCACCUGCCCUGACAUCACCAAGCACUACCUGCGCCUCACCUGUGCUCCCGACCCGUCCACUGUGCGCCCUGUGGCAGUUUUGAAAAAGUCACUGUGCAUGGUCAAGUCCCACUGGAAAGAGAAACAGGACUACGCCUUUGCCUGCGAGCAGAUGAAGUCGAUUCGGCAGGACCUGACGGUGCAAGGCGUGCGGACAGAGUUCACGGUGGAGGUGUAUGAGACGCACGCCCGCAUCGCCUUGGAGAAGGGCGAUCACGAGGAGUUCAACCAGUGCCAGACGCAGCUCAAGUCGCUGUACGCCGAGAACCUACCCGGCAACGUGGGCGAGUUCACCGCCUACCGGGUCCUCUACUACAUCUUCACCAAGAACUCAGGAGACAUCACCACGGAGCUGGCGUACCUGACUCGGGAACUGAAGGCAGACCCUUGUGUGGCCCAUGCCUUGGCACUGAGGGCGGCCUGGGCUCUGGGCAACUACCACCGCUUCUUCCGGCUCUACUCUCACGCGCCCUGCAUGUCCGGGUACCUGGUGGACAAGUUUGCAGACCGGGAGCGCAGAGCGGCCCUCAAGGCGAUGAUCAAAACGUAUGUGAAGCUGGGUUCUCUCCCCGCCCCCUCUUCUCUGCCGGCCCCGCCGCCGUCCAACCCUUCUCCCCUCUGCCCUCCGCACCCUCCUGGGCUCCUAUCCCCGGGCCUGUGGUCCUCUCUGCCCGUCUCUUCUUCCCACAUACGCUCUGCUCCCCAGUCCCUCCUGCUUCCCUUCACUCAGUUCGCCCUCUGCGUCUCCUGUGUCCCCCACUCUGUCUCGCUGCUCCAGGGCGCCCUCUGCACCCCUCUGAGUCUCUGUUUCUCCUGCUCACGUCACCCCGGACCCUGCUUUGUCUUCUUGCUCUGGGCUCUUGGUUUCCUUCCUCCGAGGUCUCUGUUCACUUUUGAAGGCUCUCCCGUCACUGAGCUCCCACUCGGUAGAGACAGACUAGGAAGGACGGCCCUGCUCUUGGUAGCCUCUCAUCUAAUGGGACGAGGCCCCGUUUGUUUCUGAGCUCCUUAAAGAGUGCAGAGUGUUUAGGGAGACCGGUGUGAUUCGGGGGCAAGCCAGGUCAGGGCGGUUCUCUGUUCAAUAGAUGUCACUGGUGCCGUGUGUGCGCGCGUGUGCUUGUGCUGGGGAACCUGUGGUCAGGGCGCGGAGAUGCCUCUGGGCGACAUGGGGCCAGGUCAGGAGGCAUUUGUUGUUGUCACAACUAGGGGGUGCUACUGGUGUCUAGUGGGUAGAGCCUCUUGUAGUGCCCAGGAUGCCCCAUGACGGAGAAUUACCCGGCCCCAGUGUCAGUCUUGCCAGGGUUGAAAACCCUUGGUCAGAGGUUGGUAGGUCCAAGGGGCCACGUCCAUUAGCGUAGCCACAGGGAUGGUGUGCAGAUGAGGAGACACAGUCACCCUGAAAUUAGGAGAUGCACACAUUCCGGGAUCCAGUUUGGGUCCAGAAGAUUUGAGGCAGAGCGGAGCCAGGGCAGAGGCCACAGAAGGAGAGACAAGGAUGUGGGGCAGAGAUACGGAGGCAGCAGGAAACACAGGACACGGUUGCGCACCCAGGGGUGAUGGGGAGGUGGUACGUCUGGAGGCCCCGGGGGCUGUCCCUCCGUCUGCCCUCUGCAGCGGGACAGCCGUUCCCAGGGUGUCAUGCGGGCAGGCUGGGCCUGGGAGCAGGGGUCCUGGCCUCUCACUGGCCAGACGCUCUCUCUCACCCCUUCCUUACUCCCUGGCAGACACGUCCCUCCCUCCCAGAGCCUCCAGAACCAAGUCCUGGCAGGGCGUGCGGGAGGCCAGCUCAGAUGUGGGGAGAAAUAGGCCGUCUCGUGCCCCCCGUGGCUAUCAAGGGCCACCGUGCGGCAUGGGCGUGAGGCAUCUGUCCUCUCUGCCGCUUUCUCCCUGUGCGAUUUGGAGCUCCGGGUUCGUUCGUGUGUGUUUGUAAAGGGUAGGGGUGACACGGUUUCUAGGAGCGAGCUCAGCCAGUUCACAGCCGUUUUCUGGAACGUGCCAAGUCUCUUGUGCGCAACUGCAAGUGACUGUUGCCAGUGUGCAAGGGUGUAGUGGGGGUUGACCCUGUGCCCAGGGUUCCCAAGGCACUUAGACCCAGGCAGGGCGGGUUCCCCCAGAAUAGCUGUCAGACCUGCCACCCGUGUCCAUGCCCGUGCCCUCCGGUCACUCCCUCUGCCUGGCCCCUGCCCUUGGGCCAAAGUGGGCCCUCUUCUGAGGGCCUGCUCAGGCCCUUGAGCAGCGGAGGAGCCAGCUGGGCCCUUCCCUCCCAUCCCCUCUCCUGGGUCCCCCCGUACAGGUAAGUGAGGGUGAAGGGGGGCACAACUGGGGCUGGGGCCACCACCCCUGCCCCGGGCCCCCCCAAGCCCCUGGAGGUGGGGAGGUCGGGCAGGGGUGGUGAUGAGAGGUCAGCAGGUAAUGUGCUGAGGAAGCCCUUUGGGUGCCCGAAGGGGGGGCGCCCACUCCCUGCUCGUGGGGCCCUCCCCUGCCCGCCGCCCGCCUCAUCACAUUCUCCUCUUGUCUCCGUAGCUUCCGCCCUGCGCUGCCAGUCUCCUACCUGCAGGCCGAGCUGGCCUUCGAGGGCGAGGCCGCCUGCCGGGCCUUCCUAGAGCCCCUGGGCCUGGCCUACACGGGCCCGGACAACGCCAGCAUCGACUGCCGCCUCAGCCUGGCGCAGCUAUCAGCCUUCUGAGCACCAGCGCGGAUGGGGGCGGGGUGGGGGCAGGGCUGUGGCUCCCCAGCGCCGCCUUUGCCGUUUUGUUUUUGAGCCAUGGACUUGGGUUGUAAAUUAAUUCACGGGGAGCGGGCUCCAGGAAGAGCCGUCAUCCCUGUCCCCGUUUUCCCACCGGGGAGUCUGUACAGAGAUUUUUUCUACGUUUUUAUUUUUUGUCUCAGAGGGACGGGACUGGGGGAGGCGGGGGUGGGACAGCGGAGGGCUGGGGGCGUGGUCUGUAGGCUGCUCUGUGUCCACCUGCACCUCUACUAAUGCUGUCUCAGUGUUUUCUCUCUCUCUCUCUCGAGCUCGUACUCCGGUACCGACCUGGCACCCUGGCCCAUCCCAUGCCGGGGGGGCCGGAAGAAGACAGGCCGCUCCGCCCGUGCCCGCCUGUGGCGGGGGCACCAGCACACCAGCCCGCCUCCUGCCCCCCGCCCGCCUCACCACAGACUCUUGUUGCCCAGCCCUCCGGGGCCUCAGUGUUUGGGGCUAGGGGAGCCGCGUAGAGACUGUGCCCCACCCUCAGCCCCCCACGCCAGAAAUGCCGCCGCCAAGCCGCCGCCACGUCCACGCCGCCACUGCACACUGAGGACUCCGGAGGCCAUCAUCGCGGGACCUCGGCCGGGCCGCCUCGUCUGCAGUUGUAUUAAGUUGUCUCCGUGUCCCUCCUCCCUCCACCCCCGUGUUUCCUCUGGUUUUUUUUUCCUUCCCUCCCUCCUCCUCCUGCUCCCCACCCUUCUUUGGUUCAGCACAGGUAAAACGGUUACCCUCCCUCCCUCCCUCCCUGCCUUCAUGGAUCACCAGCUCACGUCAUGUUUCCUUCUCUUUUCUUUUUGUGUGUGUUUAUUUAAGUUAUUUUUCUUCCUCCCCUUUUUCUUUUUGGCCCUCCCCCCUCUUCUGCCAUGUAACUGGAGGAUGUGCAAUGAGUUUGCAAACAGCUGGACUGUCAGGCUGCUUUUUUUCCAGAUGUUCCUCCUCUGCCUCCCCUCCCUUCCCUCUCCCCUCCCUUCUCCUUCCUUCAUUCUUUUCCUUGGAUCACUGAGCACCAUUUGGAAGCUUGAGAGAAACCAAAAUUAAAGAGAGAGAGAGAGAGAG